UACCAGCCAGUAUAUUCUAUCUGACUUAAAAAGUCACCAAACCCACACGGUAACAACUUGAUAGGUGUUUGAUGUAAACAAUGGACACCACUGAAGCUGAGGAUCUUGUUAGACCACUGUACAGAAAUGGGAGGUAUGAGAACCCCUGGUCACCAUGGAAAGCUCCUGCCUUCACUCAGCUGUUUAAGUUCAUGUUUCUCACAAAGAGUGAGGCAAACAUCCCUAAUGAACAGGAACUCAACAGCAAAUUACCAGUUAUAAAACCAGAUUUAUCACAGUUCAAACAACCUCCAGAUUCAGGCAUCCGCCACAUGUGGAUUGGACAUGCCACAUCUCUGGUCCAGUUUGAAGGUGUGACCUUUUUGACUGACCCAGUCUUCAGCCUGAGGUGUUCACCCAGCCAGUGGGUGGGUCCCAAGAGAUACCGACCCACACCCUGCUCUGUGGAGGAGCUGCCUAAAGUAGAUUGUGUUGUCAUCAGUCAUAACCACUACGAUCACCUGGAUUUAGAAACUGUGUAUUCGUUGAACAAAAGGUUUGGGGACAGCCUGAGAUGGUACGUGCCUGUGGGACUGAAGAGCUGGAUGAACAGCUGCGGCUGCACUAACGUCGUAGAACUCUCCUGGUGGGAGGAGCACACCCACGAGUCUGGCGUCAAGUUCGUCAGUACCCCCUCGCAGCACUGGUGCAAGCGUACCGUGUGGGAUGACAACAAGGCUUUGUGGUGCAGCUGGUGUGUUAUUGGAUCAAAGAACAAAUUUUUCUUUGCUGGCGACACAGGAUAUUGUAACAUUUAUAAGACGAUAGGAAAGAAGUAUGGACCCUUUUCAUUGGCCACCAUUCCUAUUGGAGCCUAUAAUCCAAGAUGGAUUCUAGCUUAUCAACAUGUAGACCCUAAGGAGGCUGUGGAUAUUCACUGUGACAUCAAUUGUAAGACAUCCAUCGGCAUACACUGGGGUACUUUCCCGAUGGGGGCCAAAGAGUUUUACCUGGAGCCGCGGGAUAAAGUCAAAGAGGAGCUAAAAAUCAGGGACAUGGAACUUUCAUCUUUCAUAACAGUAGCGCAUGGUGAAAUUUUAACUUUUAAUACCUGAGGGGUGGGAAAAACAGGGACAUGGAACUUUCAUCUUUCAUAACAGUAGCGCAUGGUGAAAUUUUAACUUUUAAUUCCUGAGAGUUGGAAAAAACAGGGACAUGGAACUUUCAUCUUUCAUAACAGUAGCGCAUGGUGAAAUAUUAACUUUUAAUUCCUGAGGGGUGGGAAAAAACAGGGACAUGGAACCAUCAUCUUUCAUAACAGUAGCAAUGUGUGAACUAUUUUUAUUUCUAUGGGGUGAGCUGGGAUAAAACAGGAACAUGGAACUUUUAUAACAGUAGUGCAUCGUGAAAUAUUGACUUUAAAUUCCAGAGAGGUGGAAAAAAACAGGCAUAUGGAACCUUCAUCUUUCAUAACAGUAGAAAUCUGUAAAAAAAAUUUAAUUACUGUGGGGUGAGGAACAUGGAACUUUUAUCUUACAUAACAGUAACACAUGGUAAAAUAUUAACUGUUAAUUCCUGAUUGGGGAAUAAUGAAUUUAAGAAUUGAUGAAAUAAUUUAUUUAGUGCAUUGUGUUUAAAACAGUACAUCUGCUUUAGUACUUUUAUGUCAGUGUUUCCAGUGCUUUAACAAGUACGUAUACUUUUUACAUACAUUGUUUGAAUUGUUUAUAGGCUACUAUGUCAUGAUACAUUAUGCCAAUUACUCUUCUUAUUUUUUAAAUGUUCUUUGAAUUGUUAAUACUGUUUUAUAAUAUGUUUUGCUAAAUAUCCUGCCUAUUUCAUAUAGAUGCAAUGAAAAUGGUUGUUGAAUAAUUUUUUUGGCCAUAUUUGAGAUUAUAUUAUAAUACAAUGUUUGAUGAAUGUUUACAUAUUGCAGCUGAAUAAUUUUCAUUGUAAAGAUUUAAAUGCAAUUUUGUUGCUGAAUUCAUUCUACUGUAUGUAUGUUCAGAUAUUGUAAGUGAAUAAUUUUUGUUAUUGUAUCUUUAAAUAUAAUAGAUGAAUGCUUUAUC